CUGGAUUAGCUACGUCACUCUGUCACUAUCUGCCUGAUGGCUAACUAUUUCCCACUAGCCAGCUUACACUGGAUACUAUUUACCUGGUAGCUAGCCUACACUGGGUACUAUUUACCUGGUAGCUAGCCUAUACUUUAUACCAUCUGACAACGUAGAUAGACUACACUGUAUAUUAUCUGCCGGGAGCUAGCUGACACUAAAUACUAUCUGCUGGUAGUUAGCUUACACCAUAGCUUGUCUACACUGGAUACCUUGAAGAACAGGAGCUUCAUCAGCCUGGAUCCUGCUGUAGCUAGCUGCCUUGCUGGCCAGGAUCCUGGAGAGAGAAGACCACCUGUAGAUGGGCCUGGUGGCAGAAGAGGAAUUGUAGAUGAGUGUUUAAUGAUUUAAGAAUGAGUGGGUCCAGCACCACCCGGCUCAGCCCCAACACACUGCAGGUGAACGAGCCCAAGCGCUAUGGCUCCACGUUGUCUCUGGAAGAGAAGUGUGAACAGUCUUUCUUCCUCUUCUACUAUUACAGGAUGGAGGACGAGGCCGUGCUGGACCGAGGCGCCUCCUUCCUCAAACACGUCUGUGAUGAAGAGGAGGUAGAAGGUCACCACACCGUCUACAUCGGAGUGCAGAUGCCCAAGAGCUACCGGCGUCGGAGACGUCAACGCCGGAGAGGGAGCCACAAGGACAGGAAGGAUCAUCUGACGGAGAACGCCUCUGACAGGUCCGACACAGAAAACAACGAUGAGGCCAGCAACAGCAUCCUCAAACCACUCAUCUCUCCAGCGGGCGAGAGGAUCCGCAUUAUGCUGGGAGAGGAUGAUGAUGGACCGUCACCACCUCAACUCUUCACUGAGCUGGAUGAGCUGCUCUCUGUGGAUGGGCAGGAGAUGGAGUGGAAGGAGACAGCCAGGUGGAUCAAGUUUGAGGAGAAGGUGGAGAAGGGAGGAGAGCGUUGGAGUAAACCCCACGUGGCCACGCUGUCGCUCCACAGCCUGAUGGAGCUCCGGACUUGCAUCGAGAAAGGAACCAUCAUGCUGGAACUGGAGGCCUUCACGCUGCCGCAGGUCGUUGAGUUUAUCACAAACAGCCAGAUAGAGAGCGGUCUGCUGAAGGCGGAGCUAAAGGACAAGGUGACGUACACGUUGCUACGGAAACAUCGACACCAGACAAAGAAGUCCAACCUGCGCUCGCUAGCUGACAUCGGCAAGACAGUCUCCAGUGCAACCCGUAGUCCGCUUGAAAACUCAGUGCCUUGUCUAACAGUCCGUGCCUCAAUGGAGGAGCUGCAGACCCAACGAAGCCCCAGCAUGGACUGGCUUAGCAGUCCAGCCACCACACAUCGGAACCUGGCCUCAAGCAGCAUGAACGACAUCUCCGACAAACCAGAGAAAGACCAGCUGAAGAACAAGUUCAUGAAGAAGCUUCCCCGAGACGCCGAGGCAUCCAACGUUCUCGUUGGAGAGGUGGACUUCCUGGACACCCCCUUUGUGGCAUUUGUCCGUCUACAGCAGGCUGUGAUGCUGGGAGCUCUUACAGAAGUCCCUGUCCCCACCAGAUUCCUGUUCAUCCUUUUAGGACCCAAAGGAAAAGCCAAGUCCUAUCAUGAGAUAGGAAGAGCUAUCGCCACCCUCAUGUCAGAUGAGGUGUUCCAUGACAUAGCAUACAAGGCGAGGGACAGAGAGGAUCUGCUGGCUGGCAUCGAUGAGUUUCUGGAUGAGGUGAUUGUACUGCCCCCGGGGGAAUGGGACCCGGCCAUCAGGAUAGAACCGCCCAAGUCUGUACCUUCUGCUGACAAAAGGAAGAACAUGUAUGCUGGAGGCGACAGCGGCCAGAUGAACGGAAACACGCCCCAUGAUGGGGGAGGAGGGGGAGGGGGGCAUGCAGUGGGAGAUGAGCUCAAGAAGACAGGCAGGUUUUGUGGAGGCCUCCUACUUGACAUCAAAAGGAAAGCUCCAUUCUUCGCCAGUGAUUUCUACGAUGUGUUCCACAUCCAGGCACUGUCGGCCAUCCUGUUCAUCUACCUAGGAACCGUAACUAAUGCCAUCACCUUCGGAGGGUUGCUAGGAGACGCCACCGACAACAUGCAGGGUGUGUUGGAGAGCUUCCUGGGCACGGCGGUAUCUGGAGGGAUCUUCUGUCUGCUGGCUGGCCAGCCUCUCACCAUCCUCAGCAGCACUGGACCUGUUCUGGUCUUCGAGAGGCUGCUCUUCAACUUCAGCAAAGACAAUGACUUUGACUAUCUGGAGUUCCGGCUGUGGAUUGGUCUGUGGUCUGCGUUCUUUUGUCUGCUGCUGGUUGCUACUGACGCCAGCUACAUGGUUCAGUACUUCACCCGAUUCACAGAGGAGGGCUUCUCCUGCCUCAUCUCCUUCAUCUUCAUCUAUGAUGCCUUCAAGAAGAUGCUGAAGCUGGCUGACUACUACCCCAUCAACUCUGACUACCAGAUUGACUAUGUCACCCAGUAUGACUGUAUGUGUAUGGCCCCUACCAUCUUAGAAAACAGUACGGAGGUGUUUGGAGAUCCUCUGGAUGCUGAUAGCACUGCUGUCUGGUACUUCAACAACACUGAUCUACCUCUGAAUGCCACGUGGUCGUCCCUGUCUAAGAAGGAUUGUGUGAAGUAUGGAGGAGAGCUGGUGGGGAAGGCAUGUAAAUAUGUUCCUGACAUCACUCUGAUCUCCUUCAUCCUUUUCCUGGGAACCUACACUACCUCCAUGAUGCUGAAGAAGUUCAAGACCAGUCCUUUCUUCCCUACAUGGGUGAGGAAACUAAUCAGUGACUUUGCCAUUAUCUUGGCCAUCCUGAUCUUUUGCGGUGUGGACAUGCUAGUAGGAGUGGACACUCCCAAGCUCAUAGUCCCAACUGAGUUCAAGCCAACGAGCCCCAACCGUGGCUGGUUUGUUCCCCCGUUUGGAGGCAAUCCUUGGUGGGUGUACGUGGUCUCAGCGGUGCCUGCCCUGCUGGUCACCAUCCUACUCUUCAUGGACCAGCAGAUCACCGCUGUCAUCGUCAACAGGAAGGAGCACAUGCUGAAGAAAGGCGCAGGCUACCACCUGGACCUGUUCUGGGUUGCCGUUCUGAUGAUUGUAUGUUCCUUCAUGGGGUUGCCAUGGUACGUGGCGGCGACGGUCAUCUCAAUCGCUCACAUAGACAGUCUGAAGAUGGAGACAGAGACAUCCGCCCCUGGAGAAAUGCCCAAGUUCUUGGGAGUGAGGGAGCAGAGAGUCACUGGUGUGUGUGUAUUCAUUCUGACGGGGCUGUCUGUCUUUAUGUCUCCCGUCCUCAAGUUCAUCCCCAUGCCAGUGCUGUAUGGAGUGUUCCUCUACAUGGGCGUGGCCUCUCUUAAUGGAGUGCAGUUCAUGGACCGUCUCCAGCUGCUCCUGAUGCCAGCCAAGCAUCAGCCUGACCUUGUGUACCUGCGCCAUGUUCCUCUGAGGAAGGUCCACCUGUUUACCUUCAUCCAGAUCCUGUGUCUGGCACUGCUCUGGGUCCUCAAGUCCACCGUGGCCGCGAUUAUCUUCCCUGUCAUGAUCCUGGCCCUGGUGGCGGUGAGGAAGACAAUGGACUACAUGUUCUCUCAACACGAGCUGAGCUUCCUGGAUGAUGUCAUCCCUGAGAAGGACAAGAAGAAGAAGGAGGACGCUAAGCAGAAGAAGAAGUUGAGGAGCAUUGACAGUGACGUAGAUGAUUCUGACUUCCCCUACACUGAGAAUGUCCCCAGCAUUAAGAUCCCCAUGGACAUGAUGGAGCAGGAACCUUUCUUAGGAGAUAAAUCCUCAUCAUUCCUGGAUCGACACUCAUCGUGCUGAGCAGCUGCUCUUCUACCAGGCCAACUGUCAGUCAAGUCCAGAGAUGAGUCCACUCAACGUGCCUCAGAUUAGAAUUGAGAUGGACCCUGAUGACAACGGUUACCGCUGGAAGAGCCGAGGGU